AUUACUGGACCUUGUCGAAUCGAUUACCGAGCUACCAAAAACCUUGUUGAUGCUGCAACUGUUGCCAAAGUAAAUCACUUCAUAUUGGUUACUUCAUUGGGGACAAACAAAUUUGGUCUUCCUGCAGCUAUUCUCAAUUUAUUUUGGGGAGUCCUUAUUUGGAAAAGAAAGGCCGAAGAAGCAUUGCUAGCAAGUGGAAUUCCAUAUACAAUAGUGAGACCUGGUGGCAUGGAGAGGCCGACUGACGCUUACAAGGAAACACAUAAUGUAACUCUAUCAACUGAAGAUACUUUAUUUGGGGGUCAAGUUUCAAACCUUCAGGUUGCUGAACUCAUGGCAAUCAUGGCCAAGAAUCCCGAUCUUUCAUACUGUAAAAUAGUGGAGGUUAUUGCCGAGACAACUGCGCCACUAAUACCUGCCGAAAAACUUCUUACAAGGAUACCUUCUCAACGCCCCUACAUUUCUUCGCCAAAGAAGGUACAGAAAGCAGAUACAGCAACUGUGAGUAAUACAGGUCCCUCUGCUAAUGUUGUAGCAGAAGUACCUAGUAUUGCACCUCAAAAAGAAACAGCAUCAAAACCAGUGGUGAAAACGGAACAGCCACUUUCUCCUUAUACCGCUUAUGAUGAUUUAAAGCCAUCAUCAUCUCCUUCUCCAACCAAGCCUAGUGAGAAGAAACAGAUAAACAUCAGUGAUGCAGUUCCAACACCUAUUUCUUCAGAUACUCCAAGUAGCAUUCAAGAAAUAGAUGGCAUUUCUCAGACAACAUCUUCCUCAAAAGGGAAGGAGUCUCUAUCUCCUUACGCAGCAUAUCCUGAUUUAAAGCCUCCUAGUUCACCAUCUCCGAGUGUACCAACUACAUCACUAUUGAAGAUAGAUACAGUAGUAGUAUCAAGCAAUGGACCAGCUCAACUUUCUGUGGAAGAUACACCAAAGAAUGAAGAACAGCACCUUCAUGAACCAAAGUCAAGGCCACUUUCACCUUAUGCAAUGUAUGAGGACUUGAAGCCUCCUGCAUCACCAUCACCUUCCUUCAGAAAAUUCUAGGAACUGCCUCCAGCCUAUGGAAUCAGACAAGGAUUAUUUUAUUGAAGAGUUUAUGCAGCAACAAUUAAGGAGGAUUGUCACUCAAAGUAUGAAGAUCCGAAGCAUUUAUUUGAAUGGAAAUUUUCAUGCGAUUUAUUUCUUGAUAACCUUUUGAGGAUAGUCACUCAAAAAGCACUGUUGUUUUUAUAUAUAUAACUUACCUUUCCUAUAUUGCAAGUUAAAUAAGGAAAAGGUAUUACUUUUCAAUAUCAUUUUUCCACUUUAUAU